UCGGCAACCAGACAACGCGACCACCCUCGACUCCAUGAUAAACCCCAGGUCGCCGAUCGCGACUCUCGUCCUGAUGAUCAGACGAGGAGCCACCCAUCGAGUCAGUCGGCAGGAUGCCCGAGCAGGAUUAUGGAUACCUCCGGACAAUCAGCCUGGUCACCCAGAUCCUGUGUCUGGCGAUGGUGUCGGCCUUCGUCGCGUUGCGAUUACUCGUGGCCGUGAGCUACAAGCAUCAUAUCAAUGUGGAAGAUGCAUUCUGCUUUUUAUCUUGGAUAUUCUUUACAGCCUACUGCAUUCUAGCUCUUCUCUUUGCAACUCUCGGCGGCAGCAAACCCCUGCCAACCCUGACUCCCUCCCAAACAAUUCUCAUCUACAAGAUAUUCUAUGUCUUAACAGUCCUUUAUGUUCCUAUGGUUCUCUCCGCCAAAAUCACCCUUUUAGCUAUCCUCGCCCGCAUAUUCGUCCUCCGCCCUAGCCAAAUCAUCAGCGUUCGCGUCGUUCUCGCCACCACCGUCGUCUACUACAUCAUCAUCUUUUUCGUCAAAGUCUUCAUUUGCACUCCCGUCUCGGUGUUCUGGCUCUCCCCGACCCUCGAAACAAAAUGUCUCAGUAAAUCCGCCAUCUUGCUCGCCGACGCUAUUAUGAGCGUCAUCACUGACCUGGCCAUUCUUCUACUCCCACUACUCCUCAUGUGGCCAUUACGACUCUCAAUGCUGAAGAAAUGUAAAGUCGCACUGAUGUUAGGCGCAGGGGGAUUGGCCGUGGGGUUCAGUCUAUACCGACUGGUGUUGGUGAUCAAAGAGGAGCAGGAAUUAGAUUCGACAAUUAUCUAUAUGAAGAUUUUAUUGUCGGGCAACGCCGAAGGCGGCUUCGGCCUCAUCUGCUCCUGCAUCCCAGCCAUCCACAUCCUCCUCACCCGCCUCCGCGGAAAACCCACCUCCACAUUAGAAAGCUCCUUUGCCUCCGGCUCCGGCGGAUCCUCCUCCCGCCGAAAAUCCUCCCAGGGAAGGAAGAUAUCCGGCAGUGGAAGUGGCGGCAGCGGGAGCGGCACAACAGCCACCAAUCCUAUUAACAACCCCGGAGCGUUUUUCGGUUCCAUGUCGACUACUACAUCGCCUAUGUCUCCUGCUGGGAGAAGGAGGAGUGAUCGGCUUGGUUCGGGGCCAAGAAUGACGUUUGGAAAUGGGGAUGGGGAUGUAUUUACUAGCAUCCACGACCACAAUCACAACAAUCACAACAUUAACACUAAUGAUGGCGGGGAGGAAGGGGAAGGGGUUGUGGAAGAGGGAGAAGAGGAUGAUUACAUCGAUGACUAUCAUGAUUACACUAUGAUGUUUGUGCCUCGGACGAGAAGCAGUCGGUUUAGUUUGGAGCUCAGGGGUGAGGGGGAGAAUAGCAAUGAGGGUGGAAAUGAGAAGGGGGAUGCGGAUGAGGAUGAGGAGGGGGGAGGCUGGACGAAGAUGUUUAGGAAGGUUUCGUGGGGUGGGAAGUCGAGGAGAGACUCGGGGAAUUGUGGGUGAUUCAUCUUUUUUCGUUUCUUUCCUCGUGGACUGGGUGUGGAUGUGUACGGAGUUGGGUAUCUUGCUGAGUGAAGGGGUCGUGUACAUGGGAUAGAAUGCCUACCUGGUAUGUGCUGACAUACAAGGACUGACUAGCACCUAGCUAUGGUUUUUAGUCGACUUGAUAAGUCGUGAGAUGCUUGGAG